AUGCCAGCCGUCAUGUCGAUGCCUCCACAGAUAGAUAGGAAGCGACGUGUCCAUGCAAAGUCACGCAAAGGAUGCGGGAAUUGUAAGCUGAGGCGCGUGAAGUGCAACUAUGAUGGGGGAGAAGCAAAUUUACAGCUAUCUGCAGAAGGGUCAUUCCAAGUUGAUUUCGGACCAUCUGCUCCUACAGGGCAGGUUAUCGACUUCCAGUCCUCCUCCUACAAGACUCUACAUGAUGCCCAUAUGAGUGGAGGGGCCUUGAUCAGUGGCAAUAAAGCCGAUACUCGCGAUUGGCCAAACAGCACACUUCCAGGAACAUUAUUUUGCCAAGCAUCUUUUUCGACCCCCUUUCCGCCAAUUUCUGUUAAUGCUACCAUGACGAGCAUGAUUGAUGAAGCCAUGCAGUUCAGUUUCGCGGAAGCUGAUAUGCAAACAUAG